CAGCCCCCCACCCCCCAGCGUGGACACACCGCGGCGGCCAGCGACGGACGGCGGGUCUUCGGCGGUCCCGGCCUCGGUUUCCGGAGAAGGCAGCGCGGGUCCCGCAUGAGCCCCGGCGGUGGCGGCAGCGAAAGGGAACGAGGCGGUGGCGGGCGGAGGCGGCGGGCGAGGGCGACGACGACCAGUGCGGCGGCCGCAGCUGCGAGGGCCGCAGCCCAGGCGCGGGGGCGACGACAGGGUGACCAUCUUAAUUUGGAAUUACUGGGUCACUUGGAACUGCCUGCCAUAUUUUAUACAAUGGCUGCACCAUUUUGCAUCACUACCAACAGUGCAUAAGGCUUCCAGUUUCUCCAAGUCAACAAUAAAACUUAUUUUCUGGAAUUAAAAAUUAAUUCUCAUCCCAGUUAAAUAUCUGUAAGAGCCUGAUUUUAGAAUUCACCAGCUCCUCAGAAGUUUGGCGAACUAUGAUCACCAGGAGAAGCUCAGUCUGACGACAUUGAAACUAGCCGAAUGAAGCGAGCAGCUGCAAAGCAUCUAAUAGAACGCUACUACCAUCAGUUAACUGAGGGCUGUGGAAAUGAGGCCUGCACGAAUGAGUUUUGUGCUUCCUGUCCAACGUUUCAUCGUAUGGAUAACAAUGCAGCAGCUAUUAAAGCCCUCGAGCUUUAUAAGAUUAAUGCCAAACUCUGUGAUCCUCACCCCUCCAAGAAAGGAGCAAGCUCGGCUUACCUUGAGAACUCGAAAGGUGCCCCGAACAACUCUGAGAUAAAAAUGAACAAGAAGGAAGGAAAAGGACCUCGGAUUGAUUUUAAAGAUGUGACUUACUUGACUGAAGACUUGGUAUAUGAAAUUCUUGAGUUAUGUAGAGAGAGAGAGGAUUAUUCACCUUUAAUCCGUGUUAUUGGAAGAGUUUUUUCAAAUGCUGAGGCAUUGGUCCAGAGCUUUCGUAAAGUCAAACAACACACAAAGGAGGAACUGAAAUCUCUUCAAGGAAAAGAUGAAGAUAAGGAUGAAGACGAAAAGGAGAAAGCUGCAUGUUCUGCUGCUGCUGCCGCUGCUAUGGAAGAAGAUUCAGAGGCAUCGUCAUCGAGGAUCAGCGAGGGUUCACAGGGAGACAACAAUACGCAGAAGUUAGGCCCCGAGGAUGUGUCUGUGGAUAUUGAUGCUGUUAGAAGGGUGUAUACCAGGCUGCUCUCUAAUGAAAAAAUAGAAACUGCCUUUCUCAAUGCACUUGUGUAUUUGUCACCUAACGUAGAAUGUGAUUUGACAUAUCACAAUGUAUACUCCCGAGAUCCUAAUUAUCUGAAUUUGUUUAUUAUUGUAAUGGAGAAUAGAAAUCUCCACAGUCCUGAAUAUCUGGAAAUGGCUUUGCCAUUAUUUUGCAAAGCAAUGAGCAAGCUACCCCUUGCAGCCCAAGGAAAGCUGAUUAGACUUUGGUCUAAAUACAGUGCAGACCAGAUUCGGAGAAUGAUGGAAACAUUUCAACAACUUAUUACUUACAAAGUCAUAAGCAAUGAAUUUAACAGUCGGAAUCUGGUGAAUGAUGAUGAUGCCAUUGUUGCUGCUUCCAAGUGCUUGAAAAUGGUUUACUAUGCAAAUGUAGUUGGAGGAGAUGUGGACACAAACCACAAUGAAGAAGAUGAUGAAGAGCCUAUCCCUGAGUCUAGUGAGUUGACACUGCAGGAGCUUCUGGGGGAGGAGAGAAGAAACAAGAAAGGUCCUCGAGUGGACCCACUGGAGACUGAGCUUGGUGUUAAAGCUCUGGAUUGUCGAAAGCCACUUAUUCCUUUUGAAGAGUUUAUUAAUGAACCACUGAAUGAUGUUCUAGAAAUGGAUAAGGAUUAUACUUUUUUCAAAGUAGAAACGGAGAACAAAUUCUCUUUUAUGACAUGUCCUUUUAUAUUGAAUGCUGUCACAAAGAAUUUGGGAUUAUAUUAUGACAAUAGAAUUCGCAUGUACAGUGAACGAAGAAUUACUGUUCUCUACAGCUUAGUUCAAGGACAGCAGUUGAAUCCAUAUUUGAGACUCAAAGUCAGACGUGACCAUAUCAUAGAUGAUGCACUUGUCCGGCUAGAGAUGAUCGCUAUGGAAAACCCUGCAGACUUGAAGAAACAGUUGUAUGUGGAAUUUGAAGGGGAACAAGGAGUGGAUGAAGGAGGUGUCUCCAAAGAGUUUUUUCAAUUGGUUGUGGAGGAAAUUUUCAAUCCCGAUAUUGGUAUGUUCACAUAUGAUGAGUCUACAAAACUGUUUUGGUUUAACCCAUCUUCUUUUGAAACUGAGGGUCAGUUUACUCUGAUUGGCAUAGUAUUGGGCCUGGCUAUUUACAAUAACUGUAUACUGGAUGUGCAUUUUCCCAUGGUUGUCUACAGGAAGUUAAUGGGGAAAAAAGGAACUUUCCGUGACUUGGGAGACUCUCAUCCAGUUUUAUAUCAGAGUUUAAAAGAUUUGUUGGAAUAUGAAGGAAAUGUGGAAGAUGAUAUGAUGAUCACUUUCCAGAUAUCACAGACAGAUCUUUUUGGCAACCCAAUGAUGUAUGAUCUAAAGGAAAACGGUGACAAAAUUCCAAUUACAAAUGAAAACAGGAAGGAAUUUGUUAAUCUCUAUUCAGACUACAUUCUCAAUAAGUCUGUAGAGAAACAAUUCAAGGCUUUUCGCAGAGGUUUUCAUAUGGUGACCAAUGAAUCUCCCUUAAAGUACUUAUUCAGACCAGAAGAAAUUGAAUUGCUUAUAUGUGGGAGCCGGAAUCUAGAUUUCCAGGCACUAGAAGAAACUACAGAAUAUGACGGUGGCUAUACCAGGGACUCUGUCCUGAUUAGGGAGUUUUGGGAGAUCGUUCAUUCAUUUACAGAUGAGCAAAAAAGACUCUUCUUGCAGUUUACAACUGGCACAGACAGAGCGCCUGUGGGAGGACUAGGAAAAUUAAAGAUGAUUAUAGCCAAAAACGGCCCAGACACAGAAAGGUUACCUACAUCUCAUACUUGCUUUAAUGUCCUUUUACUUCCGGAAUAUUCAAGCAAAGAAAAGCUUAAAGAGAGAUUGUUGAAGGCCAUCACAUAUGCCAAAGGAUUUGGCAUGCUGUAAAUCAAAACAAAAACAAAACAAGGAAGAAAAAAGGAAAAAAAUUAAAAUUUUAAUGAAUAUGAAAAGAGGGAUAAAUUUGGUUGUGGUAGUGUCCCAGUAUCAAAUGGCUGUAAGAUAGCGAACCACAGUAGCCACCUCUGUCUGUGCCUCCCUUCUUCAUCUGGGGACAUGUGGGCUGGAACAGCAGAUUUCAGCUACAUAUAUGAACAAAUCCUUUAUUAUUAUUAUAAUUAUUUUUUUGCGUGAAAGUGUUACAUAUUCUUUCACUUGUAUGUACAGAGAGGUUUUUCUGAAUAUUUAUUUUAAGGGUUAAAUCACUUUUGCUUGUGUUUAUUACUGCUUGAGGUUGAGCCUUUUUAAGUAUUUAAAGUAUAUAUACACCAACAAAACUACUCUCCCAAGGAAAACAUUUCCACCAUUUGUAGACCAUGUAACCUUCAAGUACGUACUAUUUUUGUCCCUGUAUCUAACAAAAAUCAGGAACUUUUUUUUUUUUAAAGAUUUGCUUUUGAAACUUGAAGUCUUGGAAACGGUGUGAUGCAAUUACUGCUGUUCUAGUCCCCCAAAGAAUUUUCUGUGCAAAAUCUUAAUAAAGAUGGAAGGGAGAACUUGGAACUUCUGCAGCCCUCAGAACCUUUACUUUAGUAACAGCACAACAAAUUAAAAACAACUCAUGCCACAGUAUGUUGUCUUCAUGUGUCUUGCAAUGAACUUUCAGUAGUCAAUCUUUAGUAUUUGAAAGGUCAAGGGUUUUUUUGCUUGUUUUUGUUUGUUUUUUCUGUUGUUGUUGUUGGUUAAGUUUAUUGGGAAAAGUGCAUUUGGCCAAAUGAAAUGAUUGUCAAGCCUAUUGCGAUACUUAUAAAGUUUAUUAUAAAGAAAAUGCAUGUGAAAGUGCACUUAUCCUUUUAUUAAUUAUUACCUAGCUUUUAAAUAGACAAUCUGAAGUCUCGCCUUUAUGUUGUCAUUAUUUUGUUUGAUCAGCUUUUCAGCAAGGCAGAUGAUCAGGGUUGUGACAUAGUAGAAAGAGUGGCUGCUGUGCCUUGUAUCACCUAGACAGUAGACAGACCUGGAAAGGAAUGCAACUUUUACUCAUAACAAUUAUAUUGUUAUCCCCAAAGAUUAAAAUUACUUCAGAAAGUUUUAAAAAAGAUCUUUCAAAUGUUAAGGGUGGAAAAAGUCCAAAUAGGCCUAAAUUACUUGCUGUUAAGAAGUAAGUAGUUUUCCCUUUCCUAGUCUUCUGUUUUGGUGAUGUUAAUUUCUUUUUUACAUUAUUCAAUAAAAGGAUUGUGUAUUUUUAGCUAAGGAGAGACAUUAAUAUAUCCUUCUACGAGCUGCAGCUGAUGUGCUGAGCUCGGGCCUUGAUUGUUUUUAACUGAUUACUGCAGAUCAACUUGAUGAUUUGUUUCAAAUUGAUAGGGAAAAUACAGCUGUCAAAUCAUUGGAGGGAAAAAAGGAUGUCUUUCAGGAUUAUUUUAAUUCUUUAAUAAUUGAGAGAGAACUGUGUUGUACUUUAACAAUAAAGCAGUGGCAUUUUCACAACUUAGUGAUUAAGAUGAUUAUGCUUUCCAUAUUGUGAUAAGGUAACAUGGGUUUUUUGGCUUUCUUCUGGGCCAACUGUUAGAGUAUUGUAAAGGUAUGUACAUUACUUGAUGCAAGGGACCCUCAAAUGACUAUCUUAAAGUCAAAGGACCUCUCAUCCACUGUGCUUCUUAUGUAA